AUGUGGUCAUGGAUUUGGACGAGGAGUGGAGAUUUCAUGGUGAAGAGUGCGUAUUAUGUCGCUUUGAAAGAAAGAGAUAAGGAGCGAGCUGGACCCUCAAAUGAUAAUGUGAACGAAGGAUGGAAGAAGUUGUGGAAGGCACAAGUACCCUCUAAAAUUCAAAACUUUUCGUGGAAACCUUCGAACCAAGCGCUUCCAAUGAGGAACAACCUCAUCAAAAGACAAAUUGUGAUGGAUUACAUAUGUAAGAGAUGUGGUGAAGAGGUGGAAAGUGUGGAGCAUGUUCUCGUGCAAUGCAAAGAAGCUCAAAGAUUAUGGUACCUUUUACCUCUUAGACUCAGUUUUAACCAGGGAGUUGUCACAUCUUUCAAAGAUUGGGUGUGGAAUCAUAUAAAAAUAAUCAAAGACAAAGGGUGGUGGAACAUUUUUUGGUCUCUAUGUUGGACAUUAUGGUUAGCUAUGAAUGAUUUGAUUUUUAAUGGAGUGGAGUGUAAUGUGAUGGUCAGAAUGGGGAAAGCAUUGAAUGUCUUGGAGGAGUAUAGAAGGGCGAAUGAGUUUCCGAAGCUUAGGGAAAAAAAGAAGGUGGGAGAGGGGAAAUGA